AUGCAGCAGCAAAAGAUCGGCGAAACACGCGUGGGUGGGCAUUUAGCCAGUACCUGUGUUGUCUGUAUGGUACACCACUUAGUGCUUUUCCUUGCCUCGAUUGCGGUCCAGCCACGUUCCUCUGGAUAUCGUAGGCCCCUUGCCUCCGUUCAGUGGUCACACAUCCCUCCUUACCUGCGUCGAUCAGCACACUCGCUGGACAGAGGCCUCUCCUUUGCACAAUGUGGAGGUGGAUACCAUCCCCAGCCACGGUCACGCCUGUUCGAGGUGUCCUCGCCUUCCUCGGCUGCCCAGACGGUCUACCAACCAGCCUCCAAAGACAUGGACCAGUGCUUCUACCACCAACUCAAAACUUCUCUGCGUGCCGCAGAGGAAUCAACGAGUCGGGAGGAGGGAGAUAUUUAUCUGUCAUUAUUUUGGCAUUCAGACGGCAUUGAAUUCGGAUUUGGACUGCAGGGCGGCCGGAUUAAUGUUGUACGGCAGCCUCCUCCCCCGCCUUUUUACCUCAUUGUUCCUGAGCGUAAGCCUCGCACAGAGGCAUAA